CCCCUUUUUACAGAUUUUUUUUCUGCACCCUUUUUUUUUUUUUUUUUUUUUUUGAGACAGGGCUCAGCGAUUGAAUCAUUCAACAUCGAUUUCCCAUUGCCUUGUUUCCGUCGCAUGCCACGCGCCCCGCCUCCUCCACCCCAGCAAUCGUCAAGCCUAGCUUACAAUCCAUCCCUCCUGGCGGCGCAUUCUUUUGUUCAGUCUGUGCCGUGACCUACGGCAGGCACAGCCACUCAGGUUUACCUGCUCGCAUCCUCUCCUGUUAUUGAUAUUGUUAUUAUUUUUUUUGGUUCCUUCCACCUUUCUCCAGAAGCAAUUGGAAAUUAUUAUUUUCUUUCGGCGAUCUCUCAUCUUCUGGACAAAUAUUACGGCGGAGCAUCGAGAUUGGCUGAAGAGUCACCCACACCCCCCCCUGGACCAUACCCUAGCACCCUCUCUCUCCUAAGCUGCUACGCCCGAAAUUAUUAUUACUCCCCGCGCUUGGAAUCUCGACGGGCCAUCCCAAACACUGGACAUAACCACCAACACCUUUUCGUGAACCUCUCCCCUUGCCGCCACCGAUACACUUUCACAGCGUCUCACCACACCAGCGCACGCCUUCUGAUCAGCACUCUCUAUUUUCUUUUCUUCUUCGUUUUUUUUUUUUGGUAACUUGUUGUGUUUGGAUACAGUAGUAGGUUGCCAGAGCUGUGCAGCCAGUUGGAUUACUGCACCGCUUUCGCAAUGGCCUCUUCCAAGGAAAUUCAACAGACCUCUCGACCCCUGAACCGACCCUCCAUGACCUCGUCGUCGUCCGUCCCAGGGGGCCUCACCCUGAGCCGCCAAUCCCACUCCCGAAACCACUCCCACUCCAUCAUCGGAGCCACCCUCAACGGCACCCACCGCGUUACCCGUCGCAAGAGCAUGACAAACACGGGCGCUAAUGUUGCAGCCGUAGCUGCUGCCUUUACGGAACCCGGCGACGGGCCCAUGCCCCUCCAGAUCUCGGUCCGCCGAAACACACUGUCCAAGAAUGGCCUCUCCCGGUCCGUGGUAGCUGGCAGCCUGCCGUCUCCGCCAGCAAGCCUGCCCAGUCGCAGAUUCCUGGCCGGGACAGGCAUGAGCAACUUGCAGGAGAAUGCGAUCGACGACGAGCUCAAUGACGCAUCGGGGGAUGACGCCGAUUCGGCCUUCCAGAAAGCUCGCGUUAGAAGAGCAAGCGACGGACAGCCCCUGGUCAAGGAAGGUGGACGCAAGAGCAAUCGCCCAGAGCUUCGCUGCGAGAAGUGCGGGAAGGGAUACAAGCAUAGCAGCUGCCUGACCAAGCAUUUGUGGGAACAUACCCCCGAAUGGUCCUACACCUCCAAGCUCUUGAUUUCGAAGCACCAGCAGGUGCAGCUGCUCGAGGCUGCUUCGGUACUCGUUGCUAUGAACAAGGACUCAGCCACGACGCCCCCAGAUUCGGCCCGGGACUUCAACAGCGAACAGGGUUCGGCGUCGCCCCCAGCAAGCGGCUUCUCGGAUCCCCAGGACCGGAGCUCGGCCGAUACCACCCCACCGCCGCAGCUGGACGCUGUCGGCGCUGCGAACGGGUCGUACAGAAACUUCAGCAAGAGGUUCAGCAACGGCAGUGGGAUUUCCAGGUCAUAUCAGUCUGCGCCUUUUGGAAGUUCAGCUCUUGGCAGCGUUCCAAACGGAUCCGGGUUUGGCCACUUUCGGCAGCUGAGUCAGGACCAAAGACCAACAUCGUCUGGCAGAAAUGCUACCGGUCAGGCCGACAGCGAGCUUGCUGCUGCCCUGCUGGGUUGCAGUUUCGGUAGCCACAACGGGUCUUCGCGGACGGUCCACCUUCCGGCCGACGCACCUCCCGUGCCGCCCCUCCCUACCAAGUUCCUCGAGGAGGCCAUGUUGGGCAGCAGCUUCAUGAACAGUUACCCCAGCAGGGCUCCUGAGAGUUUCACCCGAGGAGAGCUCCGCCGUGUAGACGUCAAGAUGGAGGAAGCCGAGAGCGUCAUGGACGAAGACGACGAGGACAUGCGCUCCCGCGGCCGAAGCGAAGAGGAUGACGACGGUGUAUUCGGCCGAAUGGAGGAAUAAGCUCGCGGCGGGCUUGUUCGGUUUUUAUUUCGAGCGGGAACGCCUCGCCAUGGUCUCGCUCGGGCGGGCUUUUAUGAUGUGACGAGGGAUUCUGUUUUCUUAUGUACCUUUAUAUUGUUGAACUAUUGUAAAUGAGGUCGCUCCGCCAACGGCCCUUAUCACCGAAGAAUGGAGAGCGUCGCGUCCUGUUCAUGUCCCGCGGCAUGGACCGGGGAGCCGACCAGCUUCACGAGGUUAAAGUGAGGGCUGUGUGCGAGCGUUGAGCGAUUCCUCGAGCGGUUAGCGAGCGACUGUCUUUCAGAGACAAAAUAAACGAGUAUUUUGCUCUAAUCAAACUUGAAAUAAUAAAGAAAUGCACAAAGCUGAAAGAACAAGAUGCAAUGCAAUGGUGAGGAGAAUUCCGAACGGUGAAGACUGAAGCUGGGAUUGGUC